ACCACCACCCUGGAGGAGCACGGGUUGAGGGAGAAACCCGGUCAGGUUUACAACUGUGACAAGACAGGGUUUCAGCUGGAGGCUACAAGAAGGAAGGUCAUAGUGCCCCGGGGGACUAAACACGCUUACAGGCAGGCCCAGGGAACCAGGGACCACAUCACCGUCCUGGCCUGCCUCAAUGCGGCUGGGGAGGAUAUCCCCCCUUUCAUCAUCUACAAGGGGGGAUAUCCAGGGGGGCCCUACAAUAAAGAAGGGGUUCCCAAUGCCCUCUACAGGAAGUCGCCAGCAGGGUACAUCGACAGUGAGCUGUUCAGGAAGUGGUUUGUCGAGCACUUCCUGAAGUUUGCCACUCAGGAGCGCCCGCUGCUGCUCAUAAUGGAUGGACAUCAGUCCCAUCUGGAUCCAGAGCUGGUCCGGACGGCACAGAGGGAGGGUGUCAUUCUCCUGUGCCUGCCACCACACUCUUCUCACAUUCUUCAGCCUUUGGAUGUGAGUUUCUUCAGACCCUUGAAGGCAGAUUUCUCUGGUGUUACAGGAGAUCUGUCGGCAGUGAGACACUCCUUCUUGGUUUCUAAGAAGGAGUUUUCAAGGGUCCUAAGAGACUCCUACCAGAGGGUGAAGGAUCGGAGAGGUGGUGGCUGGGUUCAGGAGGUGUGGCAUCUACCCUCUGGACUUGAUGGCCAUUGACUGGUCACGGGUCAUGCCGUCCAGGCCGCGGUGCGGGCCCUUCUCGCAACCUCCGCCAACCCCAUCGGCAUCUUCCUGGGCUGCGCCUGAUGUUGCCCUUCCCUCCCAACCCAAUCCCCCUUUCCCAGCCCAACCCCCACCUGCCUCUCCUCCUCCCCCUACCCCAAAUCCUUACCUCACCCAUCCCCUGGUAACAUCAGGCCGGAUUUCAGUUGACCUGGCCCACCUCCUGACCGAAAUCAAGUAUAACACGGGUAAGGUCAGGAGGAAUGUCACCAAGGCCAGGUUACUGACAGCCCAGGAGAUGUCCGACGUCAUCGAGGAGGCGGAGGACCGAGCUGCGAGGAGGGAAGCUCAAGCUCUGGCCAGAGAAGACAGAGAGCAGCAGCGGGCCAAAGACACUGGCUCGGCAGCCACUUCCCCCACCCUGUCUGGCGGCUCCCGCCCCAGCCGCAGAAGGAAAGUGUCCCUCGGGGCUACUUCCGCCUUCAGCUCCGGACUUUCCAUCGCCGGUCCCUCAACCCACUCUGCCCCCUAUUGUGCCUCCCACCGUCCCUGGCUGCCUGCCAGCACAACAUCACUCCAGAGCCUGCCUGCUGAGGAACAAGACCACCUUCCUCCAUCUACUGCCUCGAAACCUGCAGACGCCGGACCUUCAUCCAGCAACUCGUCUGCUGGACCCACGACAUCCACCGGUCACACUCCUGAAGACAUGGAGACAACAGUUUGGGAGUGUGGCCGGUGCAGGGAACCUGACCCUCCCGAAAGCGCGGAGGGAUUGGUGUCGUGGGUCCAGUGUGACAGAUGCCACACAUGGUACCACGCCAUGUGUGUGGGUUGGGACGAGGAGCUGGAUGACGAGGAGGAUUUUAAAUGUUAUUUGUGUCCGGAGUAAUUUUGUAUUUUCA